AGCCCGUUGCCGCAGCCGCCACCAUGAGCUUCGCCGCGCUGCUGAGGCUCCGCGGGCCGCGGCUGCUGCGGCCGGUUCCCCGCUCGCAGCGCUGGAGCCGGCGGCGCCGUAGCAGCUGCGAUGAGCCUCCGGCGGGCGCCGCGGUGCGGAUCGGCUGCGCCUCGGGCUUCUGGGGGGACACGGCUGCCGCGGUGCCGCAGCUGCUGUAUGGAGGGAAGCUGGAUUUCCUCGUCUUCGAUUAUCUCUCCGAGAUCACCAUGUCGCUGCUGACGGCGGCCAAAGCCCGUUCUCCCGUGCUGGGUUACACUCCGGAUUUCGUCUCCACUGCUAUGGCUCCAUACAUAAAAGAUAUUCACAGGAAAGGUGUUCGAGUCAUCAGUAAUGCGGGUGGAGUGAACCCCCUGGCUUGUGCGGCCGCUCUUCAGGAGGUGGCAGAGAAGGCAGGCGUCGAUUUGAAAAUAGCUGUUGUUACUGGAGAUGACAUAAUGAGUGAGAAGGAGAACCUAAGAGGAGCUGGCAUCACUGAUUUAGAAAGUGGCAAACCAUUUCCAGAGAGCGUUCAUAGCAUGAACGUGUAUCUUGGGGCAAGACCAAUAAGCAGAGCUCUUGAUCUUGGGGCUGAUAUUGUAAUCACUGGUAGAUGCGUCGACAGUGGGAUUGUAUUAGGACCACUCAUUCAUUCUUUUGGCUGGAAUAGGGAUGACUUUGACUUGCUAGCAGCAGGAAGCCUUGCAGGUCAUCUUAUUGAAUGCGGUGCUCAGUGUACUGGUGGAAUAUUCACUGACUGGCAUGUGGUACCAGACUGGCAUAACAUAGGCUUUCCCAUUGUAGAGUGCUCUUCUGAAGGAGACUUUAUUAUUUCCAAACCACCGGACACAGGGGGACUGAUCUCCUUUGGCACUGUGGCUGAGCAGUUGGUGUAUGAAGUGGGCAAUCCUCAGCACUACCUUUUACCAGAUGUCACGUGUGACUUUUCUGAAGUUUCCAUCACUGAAAUUCCAGGUUUUGAAGGCGGAGCAGUGAAAGUUCACGGAGCAAAAGGAUCACCUCCUUCAAUGUUUUAUAAGGUAAGUGCCACUUACCUUGAUGGUUUCAGAGCUACUGCUGUCUGUCCAGUGGGAGGUCCAAAGUCAGUACAAAAAGGAAAACUCACUGCAGAAAGUAUUCUCAAAAGGACGCGUCUUAUUUUCAGUCAGCUCGGGUACGAAGAUUACAGUGCAGUUAACAUACAGAUUUUAGGGUCUGAAGAUACAUAUGGACCGCAUGCUAGAAGGAGUAUAGAUGGUCAGGGUCCUCGGGAAGCUGUUAUUUGGAUUGCAGUACAUCAUAAGCAAAAAGAAGCUUUAGAAAUCUUCUCCAAAGAGAUUGCACCGGCUGGAACUGGCAUGGCUCCUGGCCUCACUGGAAUUAUUGGAGGGCGCCCUAGAAUAUCUCCAGUUUUGAAGCCAUUUUUCUUCCAUUAUCCAAAGAGCAAUGUCCAGAUCAAAUUAUUUCUAAACGGUCAGUAUGUUGAGACAUUUGAGGAGGAUCUCACGUUUACAUCAGAUGAGGCUGUUUCCUUUGAUCCAUCCAAGAUUAACAGUGAAUUGAAAGAUCUGCCAACUGGUCACCAUACUUACCGCUUAGAAGAUCUUGCCUAUACUAGAAGUGGAGACAAAGGCAACUCUGCAAACAUAGGUGUCAUAGCACGGCAUCCUCUGUAUUAUCCAUAUCUAAAGAAAACUUUAACUGCUCAAGCCUUGGAGAACUACUUCGAACACCUUUUAGAGCGAGAAAAACCUGAAGAAGAGCUAGUAUCAAGAUAUGAACUGCCAGGAAUCCAUGCAUUAAAUUUUGUUUUGAAGAAUUCCCUUGGUGGUGGUGGCGUGGCGUCCCUAAGAAGUGACCCACAGGGCAAAGCACUUGGGCAGAUGCUGUUGGAUUUCCAGAUUAAAAACGUUCCUGAUUUAAAAUCAUUGAUAGAGUAACAGGUGCUCGAUACAAACAUUUUUAACACUUUGAGUAGCAUAAAAAUGUCAUAAAGGAGAACUGGCUUUUUGAGUCAGACUUUUGAAAGUCACCACAGAGAAAUCAGUGACAGUUAUCUCUCAUAGGCUUAGCUAUAUGGCACAAAUUAAUAACUGUUUUGAGUAAUGCCAGGCUAAUAGCUUUGUCUGUGACUGAUGACACUUCCUGUCUAGAUAAUACAUUUGAUGAAGAAUUAAUUUAUUUCCUGUAAAAUAGAACUAAACAAAUUGCAACACGACAUUUAAUUAUGAGACAAAAUAGUCUUUGUUCCAAGAUGAAAAUUACCUUCUGUUCCGUCCGUCUCUUUUCCUUCUCUAAAUCUUUAUUUGAAAAUUAAAUAGACCGGUAUAGUUGAGCUCCUGUCAACAGUAUUUAUCCCGUGUGUAGAGUGAAGCUGGAUAACCUGCUGUGCAUCACCAUGAAGUUAGCGCUGUCUGGCACAGGAGAACAGCUUUCCCUAAUGCGUGGUGAUGGAAUUUUGCAAUUGUUACUACUAUGUAGCGACCAAUAGUAAAUGCAGCCCUUUGGUGGUGUUCCACCAACUUUCCAGCUCUUUGUCCAAUUAAUGACAGAUUUAUCUACUAUUUCCAACAUUUACCUAAUGAAUCAUAAAAUGGCUUAGGUUGGAAGGGACCUUAAAGAUCCUUGAGCUCCAGCCUCCCUGCCAAGUCCAUACCAGUGAAGCACUCUCUUGUGUCUGCUCUGACUCCAGUUUUCACCUCCACAUUUCCCUUUCUCCAUCCACCCUUUUCCCCUGUAUCCAAAUUAGGGUACUCAAAACUUUCUCACUUGAUGAAGCAACGACUCCCAAGAUCUAUGUCAGAGUUCCUAUGGCACUGUCAGGAUAUUCUGGCCCCCAAAAUAGCUCUAUUUCUUCUGCAGAAGCCAUACAGAUGUUACUCUGCACAUUUAUUGGGUAAACUUCACCAAACUGUUCUCCCAAAUCUCAGACUGUGCUACCACUGUUACCAGUUUCCUCUCCACUUGCUUCCUAAUGAGGAUUAUACAACAAAUUGUUCCCACCUUUUCUGUGGUUUUGACUUGAAGGUAUAAGCGAGAGCUUUAUCCAUCUAAACACGUUACUCUCGUAGCCAGCUGUAAAUCCUACCUGUGCAUACAGCAUGGUUCAUGGAAGCUGUCAUGAAAAUCAAUCAUUACUUCAUUGCAGAAAAGUAUGCGACUUCAUAUAUUUGUGCUGGUUUUUAUGUUUACAUUCGUUGUUUGUUUAGUAAACUGUUGUUAAUAAUUUGGAAGCCUUUUACCCUAGCAAAAUAUGCAAAGAUAUUGAGAGGAAAUUACAAAUAAACAGAUAGACCUCAGUAGCAAACCUGCAGAGAUAAGAAAGGCUACAGUAAAUAUAUGCAGUUUAUUCGAUAUGCUGCUUAAGUGACUGUAAAUGUGUAUGCAACUAUUUUGGAAUUAAAGUAUACAUUUAUAAGUAUGA